AUGGAUGAAUCAUUUGAUGCUUUUGAAAUAAAACCAAAUAGCAGUAUUAUUGAACAUUUUAAUAAUCACCCAACUUGUAUAGAUAAAGAAUUUAAUUUUAUUUUACAAAAAACUGAAUUAAGAGCACUUGAAACAGAUAAAUUUAGAUCAGCACUUGAGGCGAAAAAUAAACUAAAAAAUAGAUAUUCUAAUGUUCUACCCUUUGAAGAAACAAGAGUUAAAAUAAAUAUAGAUGAUGAUGAUGAUGAUGAGGAUGAUAAUGAGGAUGAUAUAAUAGUAAGUAAUAAUAAUAAUAAUAAUAAUAAUAAUGAGAAAAGAAUUAAAAGAAAUAGUAUAGGAAGUUCAGGUCAAAGUGAUGUAAUGAGUAAUUCAAGUGAUGAGGAGGAUCAUGGUGGAAGUGGUGAUGAAGGUACCACUUUAUCUGAUUAUAUUAAUGCUAGUUUUAUAAAUAAUGGAACUUAUAUAUGUACACAAGGACCUUUACUUAAUACAAUUGUUGAUUUUUGGAAAAUGAUUUGGGAACAAAAUAGCAAUAUAAUUGUAAUGUUAACUAGGGAAGAAGAAAAUUUUAAAACGAAAUGUGAUAAAUAUUGGCCUGAUAAAGAUGAAGAAAGAUAUGGAAAUUUUAUAGUUAAAUUUGAUAAUAAUAUAACAAUACCCGAUAUUUUAAUUAGAAGAGAAUUUACGUUAGAAAAUUUAAAGGAUAAUAAAACUAGAAAGAUUUAUCAUUUUCAAUAUACUACAUGGCCAGAUCAUGGUACACCAGUUUCAACAACUGGAUUUUUAAAGUUUGUUAGUUUUGUAGAUCAUGAAAAGAGAAGUGGACCAAUUGUUGUUCAUUGUAGCGCAGGUAUUGGUAGAUCAGGUACAUUUGUAGCCAUUCAUAGUAUUGUUGCUAAAUUUGCAAAACAUUAUGAUGAAAAGAAACAAGCACCAUCAAUAAAUUUACCAAAGUUGGUUGUAGAGAUGAGAAAUGAAAGACCAGGUAUGGUUCAAACCAGAGAUCAAUAUAGAUUUUGUUAUCUUGCUAUCUCUGAAGCUAUGAAUACUGUAUUAAAGAAAGAACAAAAGAAACGUAAAGGUUUAUCAUAUUCUUAUUCAAGUAUUCCACUUACUGGUCCGGAACAUGAUUAA